GCAUGCUCUUGUUUUAUUUGACUGGGAUGGAUUUACUGCAAUUGUCGAGAGCUCCAGGGUUCAAAGUUCAACAAGAGGAGUCCUGUCCAGAUCUAGCAGAGGGUCUCUCUCAUAUGAUGGACAACUGCACAAAGUUGAAAUCCUGCAUUUAUCAGACACCAAAGAACAGCAUGAGGACUAUGAUACAGAAUAGGCACAGACGCAUCGAGCAAAGGCAAUUGAUGAGGAAAAGGAGAGAAGGCAAGCUUCCAGGGGACGCAGGAGGAAAGGUGGCUACUUGGACAUCUGGAACGAUCCUGGUAUUGACACACAAGAUGACACAGAUGAAGAUCUACCAGAUCCCACUGUAUAACAGCUUUUAA